UGCAGAUGACAAAUAGUGUGUGAGCAAGUGGGGAAACCGCGUUAAAUAGCAGUUUAUUAGACAGCGCUAAUGCAUGUGGUUUUAUGCUCGUCCGCUGUGAAUAAUAAUAAAAAAAGCGUCUGUGAAGUCAAAACCCAGCAACAAGCUCCAUGCGUUUUUAAAUUGCAUUGUAAUUAGGCGAUUUGUGAUUUAAACAAGCUGUCGGAAUGAAUCCGUUAUUAUAUUUGGGAGGGUUAGUUGUCUUGUUUUUGGUGUGGAUUAAGGUGAAGGGCUUGGAGUACGUGAUAGUACACCAGAGAUGGAUCUUCGUUUGCCUCUUUCUGCUCCCCUUGUCAGUCAUCUUUGAUGUGUACUAUUACCUGCGCGCGUGGAUCAUCUUCAAGAUGUGCUCAGCACCCAAGCAGCACGACCAGAGAGUCAGAGAUAUCCAGAGACAGGUGCGAGAAUGGAAAAAAGAGGGAGGGAAGAAACAUAUGUGCACAGGUCGUCCAGGAUGGCUGACUGUAUCUCUCAGGGUGGGAAAGUACAAGAAGACGCACAAGAACAUCAUGAUUAACAUGAUGGACAUUCUGGAGGUGGACACAAAACGGCAGGUGGUGCGUGUGGAACCCUUAGCCAACAUGGGUCAGGUGACUGCUCUGCUCAACUCUAUUGGCUGGACCCUGCCAGUGUUGCCUGAACUCGAUGACCUCACAGUUGGUGGGCUGGUGAUGGGAACAGGUAUCGAGUCUUCAUCUCACAUCUAUGGCCUGUUUCAGCACAUUUGUGUGGCUUUUGAGCUGGUGUUGGCUGAUGGUAGUCUGGUCCGCUGCACUGAGAAAGAAAACUCUGACCUCUUCUAUGCCGUUCCCUGGUCCUGCGGUACUUUGGGGUUCCUGGUUGCAGCAGAGAUCCGGAUAAUCCCAGCUCGCAAAUGGGUGAAGCUUUGCUACGAACCUAUACGAGGCCUGGAUGCUAUCUGCAAGAAGUUUGCAGAGGAAUCAGCCAACAGGGAGAACCAGUUUGUGGAGGGACUGCAGUACUCUCGGGACGAGGCUGUGAUUAUGACGGGCACCAUGACCGAUCACGCAGAGCCUGACAAGACUAACUGUAUAGGCCACUAUUACAAGCCGUGGUUCUUUCGGCAUGUGGAGGGUUUCCUGAAACAGAACCGUGUUGCAGUGGAGUACAUUCCUCUCCGGCACUAUUACCACAGACACACCCGCAGCAUCUUCUGGGAAUUACAAGACAUCAUUCCGUUUGGGAAUAACCCAUUGUUCAGGUAUGUGUUCGGCUGGAUGGUUCCUCCGAAGAUCUCUCUACUGAAGCUCACUCAGGGAGAGACCAUCCGCAAGCUAUACGAGCAGCACCACGUGGUGCAGGACAUGCUGGUCCCUAUGAAGCACAUCAAGAGUGCCAUCCUACGCUUCCACGAGGACAUACAGGUGUAUCCUCUGUGGCUUUGUCCCUUCAUGCUGCCCAACCAGCCAGGAAUGGUGCAUCCUAAAGGAGAUGAAGAUGAACUGUAUGUUGAUAUCGGAGCGUACGGGGAGCCCCAAGUCAAACACUUUGAGGCCAGAUCCUCCACACGCCAGCUGGAGAAGUUUGUCAGAGACGUUCAUGGAUUCCAGAUGCUGUAUGCUGAUGUAUAUAUGGAGCGUCAGGAAUUCUGGGAAAUGUUCGAUGGCACGUUGUAUCAUAAACUCAGAAAGCAACUCACCUGUGAAGAUGCGUUUCCUGAAGUCUAUGACAAAAUCUGCAAGACCGCAAGACACUGAAUCCAAACGAACCCGAAAAGAGUGACCAGCAGAACAGCUGAAAAAAACUGUACUUCCCUUUUGUUGAAGUAAAUGAACACAUUGGGCAAAAACUCUUAUUUCUUGAAGGAGCACCAGCUAAAUUUUUAACCGCCUUGUUGUAUAUCUAUGUUUAAGAAAAAAAAGUAAAGGCCCUUAUUAUUCCUAAGGUUUAAUACAUGCUUAGAUUUAUUAAAACAAUAUAUAAUACUUAAGAGACAGUUUUUCUAGUGCAUUCAAAUGUGAAUAAACUAUAAAUGAAACCAUUUUAGAGUACUUUGCAUAAUGAUCUGUUAAACAUUAUAUAAUUAUUUUUUAUUAUUAGAAAAGAGUUACCAAUAACUAUUUCUAUAUACACAUACACACACACACACAUACACACACACACAUUCCCUAUUUUCCUACAUUGUGAGUGUUGCCUACCUCAACAGUCAUUUAUUUUUUUAGGUGUAUUCAAAAGGAUAUUUUAUCUACUAAAAUCAUUAUAGAGCACUUCUUAUAUCAGCCUGGCACAAUUUGUGCUUGUAUUUAAGUAUUUGUUUUCGACCCAUAAAGUACCACUUUUUAUUAGAAAGCACAUUAUUUUUUGAUAAUUAUGGGAUUACUUUUGUCAUUAGUACAGUUACUGUUAUCGUUGGUUACAUAGAUUAGGUUAUUUUAAUUCUAUGAACAAAACAAUAACAAUAAUGUAUUUGUGGCCUUCUGAAUGUGUUUUUGCCCUUCUAUACUGCAUUCACGGUAUAUUUCUGUAUUUGUAUUUUCACUGUACUGAAAGAGUUAUGGAUGUCACAUAAUUAGCAGUCUCAACAAAUCCAUCAAAAUGAAUAAUUUAACUCCUC